CACCACUCGACUCGCAUCAGCACUGAGUCCUCAGCGUGGCGUGCAAGUCGGGCAAGUGCAGCACAGCACAAGUGAUUUUGUUAAUUUUUUCGAAUACUGCUGUUGUUUCUUUUUUUAUUUGAAAACCUCUUCUGAUCUCAGUUCUUCCGAACUCUAUCUUCUAUUGUUAAUCAUGGAUCUAGUUAAUACUUUCGUGCCAGUCGACGGACAGUUAUUGAAGUACGUAUCAGAUGGAAAAGGUGGUGUCCAACUUGUGCGAGUUCUCACAAUGCAGAAUGCCCAGGCUGGAGGGGCUCAAUCCCUUAAUUCCCAUUCUAAGCCCCCAAAUGAAGGGGGCAGCAAGCGACCGCGCAGCCCUGGUGCAGGUCGUGAGGAUGAUGAUGAAGAUGAUGAUGAGGAUGAUGACGAUGAUGAUGACGAUGAUGAACCACAGAAGAAGAAAAAAAAAUGUGUGUGGAAUCAAAGAGAAGUGGGAGUUCUAUUAGACCUGUGUAUUGAACAUCAAAUUGUUGAGAAACGUGAUGGCAUGAUGGGGCGCUUGCCCCACCAUAAACUGUAUAAAAAAGUAACGGAAGACCUUAAUGCUCGCAAGGUGGGUGAGAUCAAAACCUGGAAACAGGUGAGGACGAAAUUUGGCAAGCUGAAAAGAUCGUUAACAGAUGUUAAAAAACAUAACAGUAAAAGUGGAGAAGGGAGGCUAGAUGCAAUGCAUCAGGAGAAAUUGAAAGUAUUAUUUGGCGACAGGCCAAAUGUCACAGUGCCUGGCAGCUGUGGCUAUGAGAGCCAGGAGACUGCUGCUGAUGAUCAAAAUGCAGAUCCCAAUAGCAAUGGUGCCAGUAGCAGCGGGAAGAGCCCGGCUGCUACUGGUAGAAGGUAUAGGAGUGGUAAGCCAAAUGCUACUUUAUCAUACCUUCAGAUGAUGAAUGAGCAGGAGGAGGCGAAAAUGGAGAAGUUCCAGCAGCGGACAGAGGAACAGCUGCAGAGAAUGCAGGCAGCUGAUGCCCAGCUGUUAGAAAAUAUUUCUAGUAAUUUUAUGACUGGCCUGCAGCAGAUUGCUGCAAUGUUAGUGCAGCCGUUUGCGUCUGCUGCACCAACACUACCAAUGGGUCAUCAGCAGGUGCAAUAUCCGCAGUUGCUUCAGCAGCAGGUGCAAUCUCCAAAUGUUCAAGUGCACCCCUCUGCUGCUCCAGCCGUUCAUCACCAGCAGCCACAACGUUCGCAAAUUCUUAUGCAGGCUCCAAAUUUGCCAGUUCCCCCCCAGGCCAACACCAUGUUAACUAAUGCCCAAAGUGUCUCGACUCCAGUAAAGGUGAUUCCCUGGAACGGGCAGACAACUUCUAGACUAAUAAAAAUUCCCUCUCAGGAGAUGCCGAAAAAAUAGUUCGUCACAUUUACGUUCAUAUGUAUUCAUUAGUGUAUCUUGUCAUAUUAUUUUGUUUUUAGUAUUUUGUCUUUUUAUUUUGUUCUGUGGACAAGGUAGUGUUAUUAUUUAAGUACCUUACUUUUGACAAUGCAUGACAUUAUCAAUUUUUUUAAAUGGUGUUAAGUUCCUUUCUUUCAACUUCUUCAACAUGAAGAGUUCUGUUAUAUGUACAAGAUAUUUUUAAUUUUUAUUAUGAACCGUACUUUUAAGCAUGGAUAACAUGGUCAAUUAUUUUUAAAUGGUGUCAACUUUCUCUCAAUGUCUUCAUAUCUUGAAGAGUUCUAUUGUAUGCACAAGUUGUUUUUAAUUUUUAUGAAGUGCACUUUUUAGAAUGGAUAAUAUUUUCCAUUAUUGUCAAUUCCAAGUCCCUUUGAACUUCUUUAUCUUGAAGAGAUCUGUUGUGUACAAGUUAUGUUUAAUUGUUUUCUGAACCGUACUUUUAAGAAUGGAUAACAUUGCCAAUUAUUUUUAGAUGGUGUCAAGUUCCUUUGAACUUCUUUAACUUAAAGAGUUCUGUUGUAUGAACAAAUUAUUUGCAAUUUUUACAAACCUUACUACUUAAAUUCAACACAUUUUGAAUUUUUAUUGUGGUAUUAUUUUUGAGUUCCUUUUUGAUCUAAUCUAAUUGUGGUUGCGGGUUACUUUGUAUGUUU